ACAGAAGAAGAGUGAAGCUCCCUUCUCAGAGAACAACAAUGGCGACAAUGGCAGCAAUUGGAGCGUUAAAGUUUCCUUCUUCUUCUACUUCUUCCUCUUCUUCAAAUCUCACUCGCAGAUCAUCAUCAUCUCUUCGUAAACCUCUCUCCUUCUCUUCCUCUUCUCUUACCGGAGAAAAACUUUCCACGCCGGAGAAAACCAUCUCCAAUCACCACCGUCGUCGUCAAAGUAAGAGAACACCAUCAAUCAUCUCUCCUAAAGCAGUUUCAGAUUCACAAAACUCACAAACUUGCCUUGAUCCUGACGCUAGCAGAAGUGUGUUGGGGAUAAUAUUGGGAGGAGGAGCUGGAACAAGAUUGUAUCCAUUGACGAAGAAGAGAGCUAAACCAGCUGUUCCUUUAGGCGCGAAUUAUCGAUUAAUCGAUAUUCCAGUGAGCAAUUGCUUGAACAGUAAUAUAUCGAAGAUCUAUGUGCUUACACAGUUUAACUCUGCUUCUUUGAAUCGUCAUCUUUCUCGUGCUUAUGCUAGUAACAUGGGUGGUUAUAAGAAUGAAGGUUUUGUUGAGGUUCUUGCUGCUCAACAAAGUCCAGAGAAUCCAAAUUGGUUUCAGGGUACUGCUGAUGCAGUGAGGCAGUAUUUGUGGUUGUUUGAAGAACACAAUGUGUUGGAGUUUUUGGUACUUGCAGGGGAUCAUUUGUACCGUAUGGAUUACGAGAAAUUUAUACAAGCGCAUCGCGAGACUGAUGCGGAUAUUACGGUUGCUGCGCUUCCUAUGGAUGAGAAACGUGCUACUGCUUUUGGAUUAAUGAAGAUUGAUGAUGAAGGAAGGAUUACUGAGUUUGCUGAGAAACCACAGGGAGAGCAAUUGAAAGCUAUGAAAGUUGAUACUACAAUCUUAGGUCUUGAUGAUGAGAGAGCGAAAGAAAUGCCUUUUAUUGCUAGUAUGGGAAUUUAUGUUGUCAGUAAAAAUGUGAUGUUGGACUUGCUCCGGGAGCAGUUUCCUGGAGCUAAUGAUUUCGGGAGUGAAGUUAUCCCCGGUGCUACCGCUCUUGGGCUGAGAGUGCAAGCUUAUCUGUAUGAUGGGUACUGGGAAGAUAUUGGUACCAUUGAGGCAUUUUACAAUGCGAAUCUUGGAAUAACCAAGAAACCCGUACCGGAUUUCAGUUUUUAUGACCGAUCAGCACCAAUCUACACACAGCCUCGAUACUUACCUCCAUCAAAGAUGCUUGAUGCUGAUGUUACGGAUAGUGUGAUAGGUGAAGGUUGCGUUAUUAAGAACUGCAAAAUCCACCAUUCCGUGAUUGGUCUUCGGUCUUUAAUAUCGGAGGGUGCAAUCAUAGAAGACACCUUGUUGAUGGGUGCAGACUACUACGAGACUGACGCUGAUAGGACACUCCUGGCUGCAAAGGGAAGCAUUCCGAUUGGCAUUGGCAGAGACUCCCACAUCAAAAGAGCUAUCAUUGACAAGAAUGCUCGUAUUGGGGAUAAUGUCAAGAUCAUUAACACGGACAACGUGCAAGAAGCGGCAAGAGAGACAGAUGGAUACUUCAUCAAGAGCGGCAUCGUUACAGUGAUCAAGGAUGCUCUGAUUCCUAGCGGAACCGUUAUCUAAGAGACCCUUUAUCAUCUUAAACAAUAUGGUUUUGAGACCUUGUGUUACCUCCAGUGAUGCUAUAUGUAAUGUAUCCGAGGUCAGGGCCAAUGCAUCCCCUGCUUCUCCUUAAAUAAACUCUACUUCAUAUUCUAGUUUUCUCAUAACCAAUUGGCGAUA